AAAAUCUUAUUAAAAAUGUUCAUCACUUGACCCCACUUGACAUUGCCUUCGAAAGAAUUGCGCCCACUUUGCUGUUUUGUUUACUAUUAACUAAAAAUAAUAAACAAAUAAUUUGUAUAUAAACAAUGCGGCGCUCAAAGGCUCCCUCCGUUCGCCGAUCGGGCAGUAAGUGGGGCAGUGAACCAGUAAAUAUACCCAAGACGCCAGAGUCAGAUUCGGGUCCCUCGUGCUCCUGGCCAUCUAACAGUCCGCCCAUGGAGUGGGGAACCGCUAAAGGAUCAGAACAGCUAGGACCAAGAGAACUGAAACCCGGGGAGAAUCCCCUAAAGGAGAGCCGGAUUUUUCACAUUCUCUGGCGCAAUCAGACCACAAAAAAGCACAAGACAUGGACUGGCAAUGGAACUCUUGUGAUCAGCGGAGGGAAGAUGACUCUAAAGGACGAAACGGGAAAGACUAUCGACAGCAUGAACUGCUUUAAAGAGCGACAGGUCAAAGAGAACGACCAACUGCAGAUUGGCUCCAAGGAUGUCGAGGUCCAAGAGGAAAUAAAGACAGUCGAAGAGUGCGUAGCACAGCGCAAGCUGGAAAUAGCAUCGUGGUGCCAGAAAAUAGACGCCAAAAAUGGAUAUAUUGAUGAUGCCGCUCCGACUGAAGUUCAUUUACCAUUCAGAUCCCAUGUAUUAAAAAAGAAAAUGCGCCUGGAAAGUCCUGAAAAGGAGGAGAGUCUCUCCAGUCUUACCCUUCCAAAGUCUAACCAAAAGGAGUAUAUAUGUUUUCUGUCUCCAUCGGAACUACAAAGGAACACUUUAUCACUUUUUAAGAAGAUUUUUAGGAAUUCCGAACUGGACACCUCCGUUCUGAUGGAAUCUGCCUUGGACGUGUGUGAUCAUCCAGUUCUUCUCAAAUCCCGAGUAAACCAAUCCAACAGCUUACACCUGAUGCAACUACUUCAGCCCCAUUUGCCUCCUUGGCCAGAGAUGGGCAUCUAUGACUCCUCCAAAUUCGAGUUUGUCCACGUGAUGCUGGAUGAAUUGGUGGUGCAGCGGGGUCAAAAGUGCUGCAUUGUGGCGAACAAUCCGGAUUGCUUGCGUCUGUUCAAGGGCUACUGCCAGAGCUGGGACAUUUCACACGUAGAAUUAGAUGACCAAGAGCGAGUGGCUCUCUUCAACUCAACAGCGGAAGGGUCUGCAAUGGUGGCCUUGAUUUUGACCAGCCAGCUGCCAAAGAUACAAAAUCUCCAAUGCAGAUACCUUAUUAUCUACAAUCAAAAUGCAAGACCAGCAGCAAGUCAACUUUUAAACACAAAUUUAGACACUAAUAUAUAUACUCUGGUCACUGCGGGAGGCUGUCCGGAGGAGAGACAGUUUUUUGGGACCGAUGGUAUGGAAAAGAGGCAUGACUUCCUGGAUGAAAUUGAAAGUCAUAGUGGGGAAGAAACAAAUGAGAUUUGUGAUAGCAAGGAUGUUUUGUCAAGUUGGAUAAGAAAGAAGCCUCCGUUUAGCGAAGAUAUUAAGGAAGUGUGUCCCUUUCAUAGUUUAGAAAGCUUGCAAUGUAUUUUUACGAAGAAAACUUAAGUAGGAUCUUGAAAAGAUAAAUUUAUUUUCUGUGAAUACAUUUCUUCAUUAAUACUUUUAACAUAAA